CAAACUUGCUCUGUUAAACGUUGACAGAUUUACUAGUUUAAGUGUUUCUUGGUGCUCCUAAGGACUUGCCCAUUUAUUGAAUCUUGUGAAUCCAACUGGAAUUCUGACAAUUGAGCUUGAAAGUUCGGUUGUUGUGAAUUAUUAGGGUUUAAUUCUGGGUUUUGACUUUUCAAGACUAGAAGUUGAUUUUAUUAAAUUUGAGUUCUUUCGGAGAAGCAGAGUAAAUUUUUGCCUUUGUAUGUUGGAUUAGUCGAUAUGGAAACAAAGGCGACGGCGAGGUAUACUCUGGGAAAACAAUCAUCGCUUGCACCAGAACGCGAGAAUGGAUCGGAAGUUGAUGACUUGGAAGUCGCGGAAGCUAUUGAUUCUACUUUUCGGCUUAUGUACCUUGCGGACGAAGGCGACCUGGAGGGGAUAGUUGAGCUCUUAGAUUCUGGAACCGAUCUGAAUUUCAGGGACAUAGAUGGACGGACCGCGCUUCACGUUGCUGCUUGCCAGGGUCGUGCCGAUGUUGUUGAAUUGCUGCUUAAGAGAGGAGCAGAAGUCGAUCCGAAGGAUCGCUGGGGAAGUACGCCUCUUGCAGAUGCAAUUCAUUAUAAAAACCAUGAUGUGAUCAGAAUUUUGGAGAAUUAUGGUGCCAAGCCUCUGAUGGCUCCUAUGCAUGUCCAAAAUGCUCGUGAAGUCCCAGAGUAUGAGAUUGAUCCCAAAGAGCUUGAUUUUACUAACAGUGUUAACAUCACUAAGGGAACUUUUUGCAUUGCAUCAUGGCGUGGAACCGUAGUUGCUGUAAAGACACUUCGGGAGGAUGUGUUUCCUGAUGAUGAUAAAGUAAGGGCAUUUCGGGAUGAGCUUGCAUUGCUUCAAAAGACAAGGCAUCCAAAUGUGGUCCAGUUUUUGGGAGCUGUAACUCAAAGUAGCCCAAUGAUGAUUGUCACUGAAUAUUUGCCCAAGGGGGAUCUUUGUGCAUUCUUGAAAAGAAAAGGGGCAUUAAAGCCAAUAAUAGCAAUAAAAUUUGCUCUUGAUAUUUCAAGGGGAAUGAAUUAUUUGCAUGAGAAUAAGCCUGAAGCUAUAAUUCACCGUGAUCUUGAGCCUUCAAAUAUAUUGCGGGAUGAUUCUGGACAUCUAAAAGUUGCAGACUUUGGAGUUAGCAAGCUGCUCAAAUUUGCAAAUACUGUUAAAGAAGACAAGCCUCCGAUGUGUGGCCUAGAUGGAGCUUGCCGUUAUUUGGCUCCUGAAGUGGUUCGAAAUGAAGAAUAUGAUACAAAAGCAGAUGUCUUUUCAUUUGCUUUGAUUCUCCAAGAGAUGAUUGAGGGCUGUCCACCAUUUUCUUCAAAGUCAGAAACUGAAAUUCCUAAAGCAUAUGCUGCAAAUGAGCGGCCACCUUUUAGGGCUCCAGCAAAAUAUUAUGCACAUGGAUUAAGAGAGUUAAUUGAGGAAUGCUGGAGUGAGAACCCAGUCAAGAGACCAACUUUCAGAGUAAUAAUCACUAGGCUGGAGGCUAUUAAUAACCAUCAUAUUCAUAAGAAUCGGUGGAAGGUUAUAGUUAUUAGACCUCUGAGAUGCUUCCAGAACCUUGAGGCCAUAUUGAAGAGAGAGUUCUAAUUUAGGCAGCCAAUUGUCUCGUUCCACCAUUGACUGAAUAAAUAGCUGCACAUGUUCUGGUUGGAAGCAUACUUGUACAAAAUUUCCCCUGCAAUUUUUCCUUUUCAUCCUUGUCUUGGUGAAGAUUCAAGAUAUCUGGAUCAAAUUGUUAUUUAUUCUCACGACACAAUCUUAAUCGUUGGAAGUGUAAUUCCACCGACAUGUUGGCUCCCCCUUUCUAUUUUUGAGCUGAGAACAACAGACUUGCAUACGUACGUGACACUAAAAUAUGCUGUGAAUCUUAAUGCACAUUAUGUAGAAGCUUGAUGUAUGAGUUUA